AGUCAGAAAUAAUACACAGCACGCACGGGUGGUGGCAAGGCUCGCAAGGCUAUAUAAACCGGUGGUGGCAUGGGGGUUUGGGGACUGUUAUUUUAUUAUUAUUGAAAAGAAGUGCAUGCUUUUUUGUCCCUGAAGUAAGCAGCUAAGUCUGAAACCUACCACUUCAGCAAUUCAUACUUUAAUUUACAAUGGCAUUCGUUCUACGAGGACCAGGCUUGAGGAGGGGCGUAUCCGUGAUAAGGCCAACCUGGCUGGGUAUGACCAGAUGGCACACACCAGAUGAUAGGAACUUCAGCUCAGAGGGACCAAAAGCCCCUGAUGACAAGCAAGAUAGACCCACACCAAAGGACAAGGAUAAACUGAAACAAGAAGAGGCCAGAUCAAAACUCAAUAGCCUGCUAGAGUCCAUUGAAAAGCAACGCACGGUGGCACCGUCAGCCGCCGACCGCGCCGGUCAGGGCGUGUCUGAGCGACUGGCCCGACCCGGCGGCCGGCCUCGGCCCAAAAACGUGGUGCCCAACAAGAAGCGCGCUCCGACAGCGGCGGCGGAGAGCGGCGGAGCGCCGCACCGACCACAGCGGCAGCCGACGCUCGACGAGCAGGUGGCGGCGGCCGCCCGUGAGGUGGCUUCUACGCUGUCGGGCGACCCAGCCCAGACGGAACGCGACCUGCUAACGAAACUGACCGGGGACCCGGAACAGCCAGCCGCCGGUCAGGCACAACUCAGUGAGCUGAUGUCCGGUAUGAAGGUGGACCAGCGGCCGGCGGAGGCGGACCGUCCCGGCCGCUCCCAGCAGGUGCGUCGUCAGGUGGGCGACCAGCGUGCCGAGACCGUGCGGCAGGCGCGCAGAGAGCGACCGCCGGCCGCGCCGCGACAAGGCGGAUCCGUCAUCGACGACGUGGACCUCAAUAAGGGCAACCGUCUGGGCAUCUUUGACAACCUGCCGCCCCCGGAAGCAUCCACAGAGGUGGCGCCACAAGCCAGCCAUUGGGAGAGAAUCCACGCGCGGGAGCUGCGCCUGAGCGUGGCCCACCCGCCGACCAACGCCUGGGAGGAGAUGGUCGUCUGGACGGAGCAGGGCAAACUCUGGCACCUGCCCGUCAACAACGAACAGGGUCUGGACCAGGAGGCAGAGGUCGGCUUCCACGAGCACGUGUUCCUCGAGGAGCGAUUGGAGCCGUGGUGUCCGCCGCGCGGCCCCAUCCGCCAGUUCAUGGAGCUCGUCUGCGUGGCGCUCGGAAAGAACCCGUGGCUCACCGUGCAGGAGAAACACGAGCACAUCGAGUGGUUCCGUGAGUACUUCGCCGGCAAACAGAAGUUGCUGCAGGAGCUCAAGGCGGUGUGAUGAGCAGCCAAAGUGAUAGUAUCGUAGACAAUAUAAGAACAUAAUGUCA